AUGUCCGACGACAAGAAGAGCGACGACUACAGGGUCGACAUGCCCUCGGGCAAGGAGUUCCGCGCGCCCUCCCCGUUGCCUCGCGCGUCCAAUUCACAUCGGGGCGGGUCCACGUCCAUAACGGAGAACCCAGUCGCUGCCAUCCUGGCCUACUGUGGUUCCUCCAUUCUGAUGACCGUUACGAACAAAUACGUCCUCUCUGGCGUUGACUUCAACCUCCCUUUCUUCCUUCUCUGCGUACAGUCUGUUGUCUGCGUUGCAGCAAUUUCGAUAUGCAAGAGCGCUGGUAUCAUCACAUACCGCGACUUCAACAGCGAUGAAGCAAAGAAAUGGUUUCCCAUCUCUCUUCUCCUCAUCGGUAUGAUCUAUACGAGCACCUGGGCUCUCAAGUUCCUCUCGAUUCCCGUCUACACCAUUUUCAAGAACCUUACCAUCAUCUUGAUCGCAUACGGAGAGGUUCUCUGGUUCGGAGGUGCUGUCACGCCAAUGGCGCUCUUUUCUUUCGGAUUGAUGGUCUUCAGCUCCGUCAUCGCGGCCUGGGCAGACAUUCAGCACGCUUUGUCAAGCAUGGGACAGUCUACAAGCGCAUCCACAGACGCCAUGUCCACUCUGCACGCUGGCUACCUCUGGAUGAUGUUCAACUGCUUGUGCACGGCUACUUAUGUUUUGGGUAUGCGCAAGCGCAUCAAGCUCACCAACUUCAAGGACUUUGACACCAUGUACUACAACAACCUCCUCACCAUUCCUAUCCUGUUGGUUGCCUCGAUCCUCGUCGAAGACUGGUCCUCCGCGAACAUCCAGAAGAACUUUCCCCCUGACCAGCGCAACACCGUCAUCACCGUCAUGAUCGUGUCUGGUCUCUCCACAGUCUUCAUCUCAUACACUUCCGCCUGGGCUGUCCGUGUCACCUCGUCUACCACGUACUCCAUGGUUGGCGCUUUGAACAAACUCCCCAUCGCUCUCAGCGGUCUGAUCUUCUUCGAUGCGCCCGUCACCUUUGGUAGUGUUUCUGCCAUCUUUGUCGGUUUCGUCAGCGGUCUGGUUUACGCGCUAGCCAAGAUCCGACAGAACAGCCAGCCCAAGACGGUUCUCCCCACCAGCAACAUCCCGCUCAGCGCCAGCAGCAGGAGCAUGCAGGACAGCUUGAAGUCAUAG